UUCAUUAUUCUUCUGGCAUUUUUCGGGUUCAUAUACGAAUUAUUUUUCUCUGAUGCAUAUCUUAUUGCUGCUUCAUUUGUGUUAGAUAUUGUAUUCAAUUCAUCAAUUUAUAACUUAAAUUUAAAAUGAAUAAAAUGGAUUCUUUUUCACAAAAAGCUUGUAAGCAAGUGUAUCAAAUGCUAAAGUUAAAAAACUAUGAUCUGAGCGAAAUCAUAGAAAUCCUGGAACGACUACUCUUUCAAAAACAUUUAUUUAAUAAACCCUUUGACCAUGAAGGUGAUAUUGCAAGAUCAUUCAUGGUCUUUCUAUUUAAUAAAUUAGUAUUUUCCUCGGCAAAAGACCUUGGAAACAGAACUCGAAAACUUAACAUUCUCCUUCAGAAAAAACUCCUUAGUUUUUGCUAUCAACAUAGCCCCAAACUGUUUGACGAAAUUCUUGAAGAUUAUAACCAAACUUUGGUAAGCUUAAUGGAAAUUCGAUGUAAAUCAGACUAUGGCUUAAUACUCGUCACAUUUACUUGUGACGAUAUUCGAGGUAUGAAAGACAUCGAUGAAAGCUUUGAAUUUGGGAGGACUAUAUUGAGAUUUGAAAAAAUGGGUCCUACCAUGCUGUGUUUGGUAGAAGUACUGACUUAUGUCGUAGACUUGGCCAGUCAAACUCAUCGAAGCGUAUUUGUAGAGAUUCUCCGAAGUCUUGUAGAAUCUUUUCGAACUCUUAAUUGUCCAACAAAGUUGAAAGCCCUAAGCUACGGUACUAGAUUUUUUGAUAAUCUCUUUGAGUUUGAUGAGAAUCUCACAGAGAACUAUGUGGCUCUAUUUGAAAAGUGUAGUCAGACAUGGGACAACCUACCAAAUUGGAUUGAUUGCAGUUUUCUUGAUGAAAACUCCCACCUGCAUCUUACAAGCAUCUCAUUUGAACUAAUUAACUGUCCAUAUAAGAACUUUGUAAGUUCUGAAGCUGAUUCUCGGAUCUUAACUGACUUGGCCAAUUCCAGUGAGGCUAUAUUUCAUUCCCUAACUAAGCAUGAGCAAAGAUUUGGAGAAAAAUUCAAACUUAAAUCAACUAUCGUCGAUUUCAUCAUUUUAUUGAAUGAAAGCUCUGAAGAUGUCUUAACACUAAAUUUAAUGGAUUUAUUCCAAAAUGAUCAACAGAUAGUGAAAAUUCUUGAAUUCGCGAUGGCAGAUCAAAAAAUGGAAUUUUUAGAAGAAACCAAAAAUAUUCUCAUUAAAAAAUUAAAAAGCAAUCAAACUGAUUAUAUUUUAAUUAAAAGGAUUCUUAGCACAAUAUCAGCUGCUGAGCACAAAGCUCUUAGUAAAAUGCAAUUAAACAUGUACAAAUCUUCCAUGGAUCCUAAGGAAAUAAUACAAUUUGAAUCCCCAAACAGUUUACAAUUCGAUUGGAAAAAAAUACAAGAAGCUGUCUCUGUAUUUUUAGAAAACAAUAAAUUGCAAAAUUUGAAUUUAAAUGAAGCUUGUCAUUGCAUUGAAAUAAGUGGAUUGCUUUUAAGUACAGGAAUUCCUUUAGAUAUUUCCACAACAAUAAUCAGUGUUAAACUAAUUGAUAUGAUCCUCUUUUACCUUCAAAAAUGCUAUAUAAGCACUUCACAAAUCAAUGAUGAUCUUCCCGAAUGUCAGCUUAUUGAGAAAUCAUUAAAAGCACUCGGAAAUGUGGCUUACCACAGAUUAAAUUAUGAAGCUAGGAAUUAUUUGCACUUUACCAUAACACAAAUCUUAAAACGAGACAAUAUAGAUUUAGUAAAAAUGAAACUUGUUGAAAUGGUUUUGGAUUUGUUGGCAAGUGGAACAAUUGCAAUGAAAGAAAUUGUCGAAUAUAUACUUCCAAUUAUUUGUUAUUGUAAAGAAUUUGAUGGUAGUGCUAAACCAGCUCGACUUAUAGAAGAAAACUUGGUCAAAAUCAAAGCGAUUUGUUGUUCAGCACUUGGCAAUGUUUACAUCUUCAAAUAUCGAUGUGCAAAUCGGAACAAGUUUGAAUUUCUUUGUGAUGUUUGUGAGAAGCCGAAUGAUGAAGUAUUCAGAUAUUACUUUGAAGAGAAAUCUGCCAUUCUUAUGAAACACAAUAAACCUCCUGCUAGAAGAUCUAUGAAUGAAUCAACAUUUAUUUUUGUGUUAAAUGAACUGGGAAGUAAGAAUUUAUUUAGCGAAAGAAAUGGAAUAUUUGCAAUAAAUCAUUUUAAUCCAGUUAAAAUUGAAAAUCCACUAUUGAUGAAUUCAUGCCUCGAGCCAGUGCUGAUAAAAACUCUUUUACUAAGGACAUUUAAAAAUAAUAAAUAUCCUUUAUUGGGUAAAGUUGGUGAAGUAAUUUUAAAAGCAAUUAAAGACUCGCUGGAAAAAGGCGAAAUUGAAAAGACGAAAUGUUUGAAAUUAAUUUUAGUUGUUUCUUGCAUUGAAAAUCUACCAGAACAAUGGAUGUUUUAUUUUUUCAAAAUGACAUUUUUCUUUUUAAUUGGAUGUGGAGCUACAAUUGAGAAUGAAGCACUUAAAUUUGGAUUAGAAAUGUGUGCUUAUUUUAAAAUAAAACCAAUUCAAUUAUUUAAUUGGUAUCGAAUGGAAAGUUUGACGUUAAUUGUGGAUUUGGUAGUACAUCAUUAUUUAUUGACUGGAAAAGGAAUGAUGAGGUUAUUGAAUCGGCUUGUAACAAUGCUUGGGUUUCUAUGCAGUCAAGAAUUCAUCUGUAAAUACUACAAAAUCCUUACCGCCAUGAUUCUACCCUAUUGCGUAAAAGAAGACCGCUGCAAAGGUCUCUUAGUUCAACUCUCACAAGCAACAGAUAAUUCCAUUUCACAUAUUUUAACGGCUUCAUUUUUAAAUAUUUAUUCCCAUAUUUAUUUGAAUGAAAGCGCUGAAAUUGGAAACAAAUGUAUAGAUUUGUUGGUAAGAUGCACUGGAUCUUCGCUUUCAAGUCUCAUGCACACUGAUGUUAGGCAAACGGUAUCAGAAUUUUUAAUAUUUUACAAUCGAAAGCCAGAAUUUGUAAUGCAAGCUUUUAGUUGCUUAAUUCUAAAUAAAUCCUCCGCCAGAGAAUCCCAAGCAAAUAAUAACAAUAGAACACAAUCAGCUACCACAGAAGAGUUUUCAAUAUUCAUAGCUGAACGAUUUCUUGGAGUCAUAACUUAUUUCGAAACAUGCUUAAGCGAUCCAAAUUUCGAAAAAUCACUCAAAGAAGAUGUUCUGUAUAGUUUGGGUCAAAUUAUUCGUCUUGUCGGCGCAGGACAUGUCACACAAUCAAGAUAUAAAAUAAUUGCGAUGUUGACAUCAGUUAUUUCGCUAGACGAUAAGAAUCUUAAGGCAAUUGGAUUGAAAAUCUGGAAUACAUUUCUACAUAUUGUUGAUAUUCAAGCUCUUGGUCCGUCGUUAAGCAGAAUUGUAGUAUCCCUUCAACCACUUCUUCAAACAAACGAAAAAGAAGUCGAUACAAUUUAUAAAUAUUUAAUUCUUGAGAAUGGCAACUUGCUGGGUACUUAUAUGCCGGAUCUCUAUUUCAUUGAAGACAUGGAAGUGUCAAUUGAGUUGAAAAGUUUUGUACGAAGACAGACGGAGGCACUUUUUAGAACUGGAAAAUUCGAAGACUUGCUCAAAUUCUAUAUCAAGCAAAUCAACAAUGAAAACUUGCAGGUGCGAAUAAGGGCGUUGAAGUAUUUGAAGGAAUUUUUCAUUAAAAACAGAACGGAUUUGAACACUUUUAUUGUAGGUCAAACCGAGCUGAAUCCCCUUAUCGAAGCUGUAGCUGAGAAUUUAAUGAAUGGAUGCAAGCACGUUGAUCGUACGUUGCAACUUAUCUCUGGCAAAUGUCUAGGUGAGCUAGGAGCAAUCGAUCCAAGUUACAUGUCCCCAAAUUACGCCAAAGAACAAAAACGUUUCUCACUCAGCAUUCACACAGACUCGUUUGCCAUAACAGCUCUCACCGAACUAUGUCGAGCUUAUCAAAAGAACAUAAAAUAUGUCGAUAACAUGUCAGUGGCUAUUCAAGAGAUUCUAGCCAUUCAAGGUGUUAAUCCAAAAGACAACAAAAAAAUGAAUGUCUGGGAAGCAAUUCCCGUACGAAUGCGACACAUUAUGGAACCUUUGUUGAGUUCUUGCUAUACUGUUGCACAAAAGGGUUAUAAAAUCAAGGCUCAUCCGGUAUUUGGAAGUAGCUUUUGCCGAACCUAUGAAGAUUGGGCAUUCUGGUGGUCAUGGAAAGUGAUAGAAUUUGUCCGAGAUGCUGACACAAAGAAACUUUUAUGUUCAUUCACUCCGAGUAUACGAAAGGAUAACAAUAUGCUGGAAUUAUUUUUGCCAUAUAUUCUCCUACAUUCACUGCAAGAAUGUUCCGAAGAAGAAAUGCAACUGGUCUAUGAAGAAUUUCAAGCAGUUAUUAAGCAAGCUGUAAAUGGUGGAUCGAAUGCAGUCAACAGAGCUGCCAUUGAUACUACACUUUCUAAAGAAAUUUGUCCAACUCAAGCUCUUCGAACUAGUACCCAACCUCCCAGAGACAUUCACUCACAGAAUGUAGACGAUGCUUGUGCUAAAAUCUGCUUCGAACAAAUUGAUUUCCUUUAUCGCUGGACAAGAGAAUGGUCUCGAGUGAGUUCUUCAACUGCAGAAGCCUCAAAUACACAAAAAGAAUAUGGAAUGGUUCAAAAGCUACUCAGCAAAAUUGACAAAUGUCAACUAGCAAAGGCAAAUUUCAAUUGCGGCGAGUAUGCAAGAGCCUUGUUGUUCCUUGAAUUGUUCAUAGAAGACAAUAAAGCCACACGUUUGCAGGAGAAUCUUUCCUUUCUCAUUGAAAUUUAUGCCGAACUUCUCGAUCCCGAUUCGGUUGAGGGUGCAAUGCACAUGAAAAAGACCAGUUUAACUUUGCCAGAGCAGAUUCUUGUCAACAAUAUCAUUGAUCGACCUCAGGAGAAUAUUGCCUGCUAUGAGCAAAUUAUGAUUCGUCCUGAACAAGUUCAACAAGAACACGUCCUUGGGAUCAUUAACAGUUAUCUGCGAUUGGACCUCCCAGAGACGGUUUUGAACAUCACCAGUGGAUUGUGGGAGAAGCUUUCCGAACGCUAUACAGAUGACUUCUUCAAAGAAUGUCAAUUUGAACCUCUUCUACGACUGGGUUGUUAUGACGACAUCGAAAGAAUGUUGGAAGAUCCAGUGAUAAGCAAGAAUCCAAUGAUGUGGAACGUCCAAUGCGCCAAAGCUAUUCGUCUCUUCCGCAAACAAGAUAUCGAAUUGACUGAGUUCCAAGCUGAAAUGGAUGAAAUCCGUUUGAAUAUCUUGAGCACUUUGAAAACUAUCGGUGCCGAACAUUAUUCCUAUCACAAAGCUUAUACAGAAAUUCUCAAACUACAACUGUUGACUGAUGUUGAGAAAAAUAAGUCAUUGGUUCAGUUUAUUGUAAAUGAAACAGAUGAAGCUAAAUGUAUUUUAGCUGUUAAUGAGUUCUUUGCUGAUUGGAAUGCUCGUUUGUGUUUCCUUCAGCCAACUGUUCGAAUUCUUGAACCUCUUCUUUGUCUACGACGUAAUCUUCUCAGUGAAACUAAGAAUCUCUUGAAUACAGUGAGAGGUGAUGUCUCAGUAGCCAUCAAUAAAUGCAUCGAUGAUGAAAUGGGAAAGUUAUGGAUUCGUAGCAUUCAAAUGAAUCGAGAAGCUGGAGGUCUUCAACAAGCCAAUUUAUCAAUCAUGAAAGCCGAAGAAUAUGCCCCGGAAGCUUUAUUUGUGGAAAAAGCAAAACUUCUUUGGCAAAGUGGUGAUCAAACCAAAUCAUUAAAACUUAUCUCUGAGAAGAUUAGUGAAAUAGAAGCUAAUGGGAAUAUCCCUACCCAGGAUAUUUCAAGUCGUCUAUUGUAUUCAGAGGCAAAGUUCUUACAGGCGACUUAUUCCGCUGAAUCAAUGAAAAUCUGUGCUGAACAAAAUUUGUACUACUUUAAACAAGCCAUUGCCGGGAAUAAGAAUUCAGAAAAAUGCCUUGUUCAUUUGGCUCAGUAUUUGGAGAAAAUGUAUGCAGCCAAAUCUGAAGCUGAACAGAAUUCAGAUGCAGGGAAAAAUAUGCUUUUUGAUAUAAUGGGCUACUAUGCUAGAUCUAUGAAAGCUGGCAAUGAGAGUAUGUAUCAAUCUAUGCCACGUUUGCUAAGCAUUUGGUUUGAUUUUACAUCACAAAUGGGAGAAAACGAUAUCCCUAACAUGUCAAUUCAACAUACUUGCGCCAAAAUGACUGAAUUAGUUAGCAAAUGUUGUGAUCUUUUGCCAACUUAUAUAUUCUACUCGGCUUUUUCACAGAUUUUAAGUCGAAUUUGUCAUCCAUCGUUGGCGGUAUUUGAAGUUCUCAAAACAAUUAUCAUUCUUCUUCUGGAGAAAUAUCCUCACCAAUCGUUGUGGAUGUUGUUGCCUGUUCUCAAGUCAUCCUAUACAAUGCGUGCCAAACGGUGUCGUCUGAUUUUGAGUGAUAAACGUUUGUCCAAACGAGAAAUUAUCAAAUAUGUCGAUGAUUUUAAUUCCCUUUCUGAAAAACUUAUCCAACUGACAACAAAAGAUACCGUUGGAUUGGGACCAAGUGAAUUGAAUGUCAGGACUUUAGUUCCAAAACUUCCAAAACUAUUUGAAGAUCCAAAUUUCUCAGAGAUUCUUUUGCCAUUUGACAAGUAUAUGCAAGUAACACUGCUCAGUGGAAAUCGUUCUGGUCUGGGAGAUGAUUCUAUUGUCACUCCAUCAACAACGGCGGUAAAUCCAUUUCCAAAUAAGCAAAUCUAUAUUUGUGGGAUCAAAGAAGAUGUUGUGGUAUUGCGAUCCCAGGCGUUGCCUAAGAAGAUUAGUUUCUUGUGCAGUGAUGGUAAAGAGUACACAGCUAUGUUAAAGCCGAAGGAUGAUCUGAGAUUGGAUUAUCGACUGAUGGAGUUCAAUGCUUUGCUGAAGCGAUAUCUCCGAUUGGAUCCUCAAGCCAGACAACGUCGUCUUCAUAUUCGAACUUAUGCGGCUAUUCCAUUUAACGAAGACUGUGGUCUGAUUGAGUGGUUGCCGAAUCUGACUGCUCUCAGAGUCAUACUUAUGUCUAUCUAUCGAUCACGUAAGCUUGGUAUUGCUGAUAAGGAAUUGCGUUCUUUUGUCCUUCCCAAAGAAGAAAAACUUGAGAAAAAGAAGCAGGUUUUCAAUAUUCUCCUUUCACGUCAUCCACCUGUUUUCCAUGAGUGGUUUAUAUAUCAAUUCUCUACACCACAUAACUGGUAUCAGGCACGUAGUUCCUACAUCAAGACUAUAGCUGUUAUGUCAAUGGUUGGGUAUAUUCUUGGACUGGGUGAUCGCCAUGGGGAGAAUAUUUUAUUCGAUGAGACAAAUGGUGAAUCAGUUCAUGUGGAUUUUAAUUGUUUAUUCAACAAGGGUGAAAGCUUCAACAUUCCUGAAAGAGUUCCGUUUAGAUUGACUCAGAAUAUGGUUCAUGCAAUGGGUCCAUUGGGUAUUGAGGGACUCUUUCGUAAAUGUUGUGAGAUAACUUUACGUGUUUUGCAAAAACAAAAGAAAACUUUGAUGUCUGUGUUGAGACCAUUUGUUUAUGAUUUGAGUAGACUUGGAAAGAAAACAGGAAAUAAUAUUGAAAAGACAGAUCCACAGGCGAUGGAGAAUGUUAGUCGAAUUGAAGAGAGACUUCAUGGAUAUGUUCAAAGAAGAGGAGCAAAUCGAAUGCCUUUAUCAACAGAAGGGCAGGUAGAAUUUCUCAUCAAUGAAGCUACUGAUAUUAAUAAUUUGGCAGCAAUGUAUGCUGGUUGGGGUCCUUAUUUGUAAUGGCUUAGCCAUUCA